AUGCUGUCCCCAGCUGCCGCCUGUCGCCUGCUGCUGCUGGGGGCACUGUGUAUGGACCUGGCCGCGGCAGGUUCCAGCUUCCUGAGCCCCGAGCACCAGAAGGGGCAGCAGAGAAAGGAGCCCAAGAAGCCGCCCGGCAAAGUGCAGCCGCGAGCCCUGGAGGGCUGGCUCCGCCAGGAAGAGGGGGUCCAGGACACGGAGGACGAGCUGGAGAUCAGGUUCAGCGCCCCCUUUGACGUGGGGCUCAGGCUGUCGGGGGCACAGUACGAGCAGCAUGGCGAGGCCCUGCGCGAGAUCCUCCAGGACGUGCUCUGGGAAGAGGCCAGAGGUGAGGGCUGAGGCAGGUGCCGUGCAAGCCCACCACGGUACAGCGCCCCCAACCCAA